AUGACAAAAGGUUGUGACGUAAAGCCGGAGAAUAUCACGUUUGGUGGAAGGGGACAAGAACCUGGAAAAUUCAAGAGGUACGGGUUCAAUGGCGGAUUCGGAGUUGCCGUGUCUGCUGACAAUGAGGUAUUUGUGACUGAUCGUGACAACAAACGAGUCCAGGUCUUCAGCAUGAAUGGGACCUACCUCCGCCUCUUUCCAACCGUUGUGCCGGGUGAAAGUAUGGCAAUGUUCCCUUAUAGUGUUGCCUUGGACGUAGAGCCUGGCUACCUGUGGGUACUGGGGAAAGGGCAUUACGAACCAUGGAAGCACCAUAUAGAAUAUAAAGGACAUGUCGUACAGUACAGUAAGAACGGACAGCCCAUUAAAAAGUUUGACGUAAGCCUCAGUCCCUACUAUCACGUCAUUGCGAUGGACGUGCGCAACAAUAAAGUUAUCAUGGGAAACAGUGGUACAAUUACGAUGUUUGAUCCAAACGGUUCUCGUUUCUUGAGUUCAGAAGUGCGUACGGAUUACGGGAUCGGAGGAGUCAUUUCGGAUAAGGAGGGAAAUAUCCUGCUGACGGAUGGGUAUAAAACCGUCCAGAAGUACAAUCAAUCUGGAAUAAAGGUACUUGAAUUUGGCACCUAUGGAAAGGCUAAGGGCCAACUGGAUUAUCCCAAAGGUAUUUGUCUUGACUCCUCUGGUCACAUCAUCGUGGCAAAUACUUACAACCACCGGGUAGACAUGUUCACACGACAGGGCGAGUUUGUCCGCACUAUCGUGGACAUUAAAAGCCCGUGGGGUAUCGCUAUGGGACCAUGUGGAGAGUUGGUGGUGACUAGCUCAGAAACCGAAAUUGUAACUAUCAUUCCUCGCCACAUGGUGGGUCCUUAA